CGCGCGGCCUGCUGGGAAAUUCGUCAGCCAAGGCAAGAAGAAAAUGGAGGCGAUGGGUAAGUGACGGAGAGGGCUGUGGUGACUUCAGCGGGCUCCAACGCGUGUUUCCCGUCAAACAACUUCGCGAGAACGGCACGGAUCGACGGAGAAGACUCCAUACUUUAUCCGGGCGGAGUUACAGAGCGAUCAGGUAUUACAACUUUCAAGCCCUGAAGUCAUUGAUUGAAAAAACAAACAAACAAGGAACUUGAACUGAGAGCGGUCGGAAAUUAAGCUUCAAGGAGCUUCAAAAAACCAACCAGACGUCUUUGUGUAAGUAGGACAAAAGGAAGGAAAGAAGAGGAAGAUGAAGAAGAUAAAGCGGCGGUUGUCUCUGACGCUACGCGGUGGAAGAGGAGUAGACGAAAGUCUGUCGGAACUGGCCGAGAGUAUGAACAUAGAAGAGAGCAAUGCCAAGGAUAACGGCUGGCCUAGUAGAUCAGGGAAACAGAAAGGUUCGAGUAAAGGCCUGAGUAAGGCAGAGUCUGCUGCUAUUGUGACAUUACAGCCUCUCAUGGAGGUAGAAGGGUCGCUCAGUAAAAAGCACCAGCUAGGACCCAACAUAAGUAGAAUGGUGUCCUUCUUUGAAGGAGAUCAAAAAAUCAGUAAGCACUUCAUACGUGGGAAGCAACAUUACCGCACUAUGCCAUCACUCGCCAGGAAAAGCAAAACUGAACCCGACUUUUUCCUUAACGAUGGCGCCUCAUUUAGAACGCUAGAUAAAGGUCGGAGGAUGCGCAAAAGUGAAUCCGAUUCAUUCUUCGACGAAGGUACUAAGGCUUCAGACAAGCUUUUCCCAAUCCCCACCAUCGAUAGCAACUUCAACCUACCCUUGUGGAGGAGGCUCAGUAAGGGACGGAUGAAGACAGCGGAAUUUCACAGUUCUUCCAGACUAUGUAUCGUGCACGAGAAUGCGCGGCUGGGGUCGGACGGAGAGAGCGACCAGACGUCGGGGACGUCAAACGACGAUGUGCACUCGCCCGUCAAGUUGAGACACAAGUACCCGCUGCAGAGGAGAUUGAGUGAGGAUAUCACGAAAAGACUAUCUCUGCCUGCAGACAUCCACCUCCCUGAUAACUUCCUGGAGAAGCGCAGCCUGAGCCCACCGUUUCCUGAGGGCAGAUUGAGCAGAAGAAUGAGAAGAGCGUCGCUGCAUGAAAUAGGGUUUGGAAAGAUGGAGUCAUAUACAAAGUUGGACAAGUUGGGUGAGGGGACGUAUGCAACUGUGUUCAAAGGAAAGAGCAAAUUAACAGACAACCUAGUCGCUUUGAAAGAGAUCAGACUUGAACACGAGGAGGGUGCACCGUGCACAGCAAUUAGAGAAGUCUCCCUUUUGAAAGACUUGAAGCACGCCAACAUAGUAACUCUACAUGACAUCAUCCAUACGGAGAAGUCCCUCACGCUCGUUUUUGAAUAUUUGGAGAAGGACUUGAAACAAUAUAUGGAUGACUGUGGGAAUAUAAUGAGUAUGACAAAUGUUAAGUUAUUUUUGUACCAGUUGCUACGAGGGUUAAAUUAUUGUCACAGGAGAAGAAUCCUGCACCGAGACUUGAAGCCACAGAAUCUCCUCAUCAACGAGAAGGGAGAGCUCAAGCUAGCAGACUUCGGUCUGGCUAGAGCCAAAUCAGUGCCAACCAAGACGUAUUCCAAUGAAGUUGUCACGUUAUGGUAUAGACCUCCAGAUGUGUUGCUAGGUUCCACAGAAUACUCCACCCCUAUCGACAUGUGGGGUGUAGGGUGUAUAUUCUACGAGAUGUCCGCGGGCCGACCGUUGUUCCCUGGGUCCACGGUCGAGGACGAGCUGCACCUGAUCUUCAAGACGCUGGGCACGCCCACGGCGGAGACGUGGCCGGGCGCCAUGACGAAUGAAGACUUCCUCAUGUACAACUUCCCGCACUACGAACCAGAACCACUGGUCAACCUUGCACCAAGACUUGACGCUGAUGGCCAAGACUUGGCAUCAAAGCUGCUACAGUAUGAGGCCAAAUGGAGAAUUUCAGCAGAUGAAGCCAUGAAGCACCCGUACUUCAACACGCUGGGCCCGCGGAUUCACAAGCUGCCUGACACUGCAUCCAUCUUCACUCUGGAUGAGAUCAGAUUGGCAAAGGAUCCUGGGUACAAGUCAUCAUCAGUAGGGUCAUCAGGUGUGGGGAAGGGAAGGAGACAAAGCAUGCUGUUCUGAGGGGUUGCACAUCUGGAGAACACACUGACUGACAACACACCACCCGCCAUCAUGAUCGACUGAAUGAGAGAGUGAGAGAAGAAAGAAAAACAGAAACGAGAAGAAAUCAGCCAAGACAGACUGACAGACAGAACCUGGAAGGAAAUGAGACACAUUUCUUUAUGUUCGUUACAGUUUUGGCAGGGGUUAAAUCACUUACCUAUGUCUGUGAUGGUACCGUUAGUAUUUUUGUAUGAUGUUGAAAAAAAGUGAGUCUCUUUUGUGACAUUCUGUAGGAGAAUAUGGGGCCUUUUGUGAGAAAACCUGUGCUGCGUUACUCUGAGGGUCCUACUGCUAGCAGCUGGGUGGAGAAUACACCUGCUAAAAAAGAUGGGAAAAUUGGACAAGGAUUCUCAUUCUGUACUUUUGCUUAUUCUUUAUAUUGCAGAAUCUUUGAGAGAAUGAAACACUUGGUUUCUGGUACUGAAAAGACCUUCUAAGUGCUGGAUAGAUGAGUUCAUACUGUUGCAGACCACUAAACUGUGUGUACUGGUAUGUUUGUCAUAUCAAUCAACAUUCGACAUUCAACAGUCUGGGACAAUGGAAAGGCCAGAUAUAUUAUUUGAGUGUAAGACAGGUUUGAGUACUAAAAUACCAUUAUUUACCUAAUCUUCGUAGAAGUUAAAUCCUCAACCUGGUUGCAGUAUUUCCCCAUACCUUCCUAAAGAUUUGUCUCUUUGCAUCUUUAGCUGGUGUAAUUCUUUCCCCUGCUAGCAGUAAGAACUCAGCAGUUGUUUCUUACAAAAACAUUGUGGUAGCCAGGAAACCAGCAUCUUGAGAUGUGUCCUGUACUAUGUGCCACAGUAAGGUAGCAAUCUUAGCAAUAGCCUCUGUCUAAUGUCUGCCAACUAGGCUAGGAAACAUCCUGAAAGUAUGGCCUCCUCCAGGCUGCCAAUGUCAGAUGAUAUAGCUAACAACUGUCACUGAAUUGUUACUGAUCUGUACACAGAGAAAAGA